UCAAGUGAUCUGCCUCAGUUUGGAACAGUUUCCUCCCUCACCUUUUUUUCUCCAUUUUGGUAGUCACACCGUGUUCUCGUUGUCGUCUUCUCUCCCUUCUACACAAUCUCAAUUUUCCCCUUUCAUUUUCUUCUAUCCAAAUCCUUCAUUAAUACACCAUUCUUCAUCAUCACAACCACAACUUCCACACAGAUACAUAAAAACCAUGCCAACUUAACACUUCCAAAAAAACAAAAAAACUCAUCCUUGUGGUGUGAAUAACACUUUCGAAUUUCCCCAACCACCAUCUUCAUAGUAAUUAUCUCAAGUUCACAUGGGAUUGCGAACAACCUUACCAAGAAGUUUCAAAAUCCAAGGUUGUUACGAACUCUUAUCACUAAAUGGAAUCAUCAUCAUCAUCAAACUCAGCUACAAUAAUAAACCAAUCCUUCGACGAAUUCUACUCACACCACGCCCGCGAAUCGCUCGACGAAUUGUCUGACUACUUUACAAUCACCGACCCUUCCAUUUCAGGCCAUCCUAUUGUUUUCGCCAGCCACGCGUUUCUUAAGAUGACUGGGUUCACGCGCGACGAAGUUGUUGGGAGAAGCGGUGGCAUGUUUCAAGGUCCGGCGACUUGUCGUAGGUCGGUGAUGGAAAUUCGUGAAGCUGUUAGGGAAGAGAGAGAGUGUGAUGUCGUUUUGGUUAAUUAUCGUAAAGACGGCACGCCGUUUUGGGUUUUGAUUAGUGUUUGUCCUGUUUUUAGUAAACGUGGUGGUGCUGUUGUUCACUUUGUUGCUGUUCAGGUUCCGUUGCAUAGGAAAAGAACAAGGAUUUGUUAUAGUGAUGGGUUUUCUCAUCAGGUUCAUCAUGAUUUUGUGUUUCGUUGUUGUCGGAAAGAAGUUUGUGCUGAUUCGUUGGCUGAACUUGGUCGUGUUUCUUCUUCCGGGAGUCAAGUGUUGGAACAUGAUGUCACUGAAUUGGAGAGUGAAGAGCCACGUGAGGCAAGUGAUGUUGAGAGGAGAAGUGCUGUGACUGCCAUGGACAACAUCUUUUCUGUGCUAACCCACUAUAGCGAGUUGACUGGAAGAUUGGUGUCUAGAAAGAGAUGCGGUAUUCCUGACGUGGGUCUUCUUAGCUCUUCCUUGAUUAUUUCUCUUGGUAGAAUCAAACAAAGCUUUGUAUUAACUAAUCCACAUUUGCCAGAUAUGCCUAUUGUUUAUGCCAGUGAUGCCUUCACGAAAUUGACAGGUUAUGCGAGAAACGAGGUAUUGGGCAGCAACUGUAGAUUUUUAGGAGGAAGAAAUACUGAUCACUCGGCUCUACAUCUGAUAAGGGAAAGCAUCAAAAAUGAACAACCAUGCACAGUACGUAUUUUGAAUUACAGGAAGGAUAAAAGCUCAUUUUGGAAUCUUCUUCACAUCUCACCUGUUCGGAAUGCUUCUGGAAAGGUAGCAUACUUUGUGGGGGUUCAAAUAGAAGAUGACUAUAAAAACGAUGAAUAUAGGCAGUGUUGGAGACCAGACACGAGACAGCUCAGUGUGGUUGGCGUAGUCAAGGUUGCUGUGAGGAGUUUAUCUAUGUCUGCUGGGUCUUCAAAGACAUAAUCAUAGGAUAACUCGUGGUGGAUAUUUUUUGUCUUUGGCUGGUUUAUUAUAUGAAUUUCAUAUAUUAUGCUUGCUUCCAAAGAAAAUGUUACUCCAUUUUAGAAAAAUUAUCAAUCUCAACUAGAGGGGUGAAAGAUUGAUUAUGUGAAAGAAAUUCCAUAUUGUCAAUUGUAAUUAACUAAACAUUAUGUGUUGGAAUUCUAUAAAAUAUGCUAUUUUCUAGCAAAAUAACUCAAA